AUGUCUUCCCUAACUCCAUUUCAAGACCUCAAUCUCAUUCCCACCGCUUCCUUUUCCUUUGGCGCCAGUAGUAGUAGCCACAUAGCUCCAACCCUCACUGUACCCAAAUUGGAACCUAAGAUCGAGCCUUAUGAUGAAUCACUUCCUCCUCAAACCCACCAUUUUCUUCAGGAAUCCGGGUCCGUCGUCACGCUGGUGCCGGUGCAUUUUCCGGAGGAAAAUCGCUUGCCAACUGCUUUCCCCAAGUGGCAGCGGCAGAAGUUGGAGAGAAGGUCUUCGGAACUAGUUCGGAUCACAACUUCAGGAAUUGAGGAUGAGAGAUACCAUCGUGAUAGGGUGAGGAAGACCAGAAUGUUGUAUAGCUCUCUGCGGAAUUUGACAAGUUCAGAUGUAGAUAACCGGAAGCGUAAUCGUAGUACUAUAGAUGCUGGGUCUUUCAUGAGGGAUAGUGGGUUAUGGCUGAAUCGUGACAAAAGAGUUGUGGGCUCCAUUCCCGGUGUUGAGGUCGGCGACAUCUUCUUCUACAGGAUGGAGUUAUGUGUCCUGGGAUUGCAUGGCCACACUCAAGCGGGAAUGGACUAUCUCCCGGCGAGCCUCAGUCCAAAUGGUGAACCAGUUACAACAAGUAUCAUCUUCUGGGGAGGCUACGAAGGUGAUGAAGAUUCGGGUGACGUCAUCAUCUACACAGGCCUAGGUGGGAAAGGCGGUCGCCGUAAGCAGCAACCUGCAGGUAACCAGGUACUUAAAGGUGGAAUGCUUGGUCUCGGUAAAAGUAUGCAAUACGGAAUUGAAAUCAGGGUGAUUCGGGGAUUUAAGAAUGAGAGAAGUCCAAACGGUAAGAUAUUUAUAUACGACGGUUUGUACGAGAUCGAAAAGGAAUGGCGGGGCGAGAGUAGAUCAGAUCCGUACGUGUUGAAGUAUAAGCUCGUUAGAAAAAAAGGUCAACCUGAAAUGGGUAGUACUUCUAUAAGGGAUCCUUUGUCUGCGAGACCAGCUCUUAGAUAUCAAAAUUAUCAAGAUAUUUCUGGUCUGAAGGAGAAAAGGCCAGUUCCUCUAUUUAACGAAAUAGACGGUGAUACAGGACCAGCUUUUUAUCACUACAUCGCCCGAGCUUUAUUUUCUCAUGAUGUUUAUCAUAGUGCUGGAGCGGGUACUACUGGCUGUGGUUGUGUUGAUGGCUGUAGGGAUAAUUGUGCCUGUGCUAUGAAAAAUGGAGGUGAUUUUCCAUACAAUCAUGAGCAACUUCUGGUGAAAGGAAAGCCUUUAAUAUUUGAAUGCGGUCCUAGUUGUCCCUGUCCUCCAGAUUGCAAAAAUCGCUUAUCUCAAAGAGGGUUGAGAUACAAAUUUGAAAUUUUCAGGUCUAAGGAAACGGGCUGGGGUGUUAGGUCACCGGAUCCGAUUCAAGCCGGGUCUUUUAUAUGUGAAUAUGCUGGAAUCGCUCUCACAGAGAAGCAAGCCCAUAUAUUAUCUGGGAAUGGAGGACAUAACUUAGUACAUCCAGGUCGGUUCGCCAAGAGAUGGAUGGAAUGGGGCAAUUUGUCUAGUAUUAUACCUGAUUAUGUCCACCCAAAACAUCCAUCCACACUGCCAUUGAAAUUUGCUCUUGAUGUUUCAAGUUCAAGAAAUCUGGCUUCCUAUAUAAUCCGUAGUCCUAGUCCCAAUCUGAUGGUACAAUUUGUGCUAUAUGACCAUAACAACUUAGAAUAUCCAAGACUUAUGUUAUUUGCAUUGGAGAACAUCCCCCCACUGAGAGAGCUAAGUCUUGAUUAUGGUGCGGCUCAGACACCAACAACGCCCCGGACCUCUUAUGAAACCUUCCCCUGCUCUCUCUCUCUCUUCGGUCUCUUUUCCCUCCGCCGAUUCCAGCCGCCAUCCGCCAUCCUCCGAUUCCAGCCGUCCUCCGACGAAUCCACCUCUCCCUUCGACCAACUUGAUUCACUAUGGCGUGCUAUGACGGAUCCAUUUGAGAAUAGAGAUAUGCCUAUAGAUACGUUCAAAGAGGCCAGAAUUGCACACGCCAAUCAAAUAUGGGAUAGGUGGCGCUCUGAUUUGAGUCGGGAUUACGUCCGGAUUCAUAACGGAGAUGAGGCGGCCGUGCUUGCGAAUCCACCACCUUGUUAUGAUCCAGCAGAUUGGGAGUUCCUCUACAGACACCACUUCUUCACCGAGAAUUUCAAGGCGGAAAUGGAACAAAUAAUUAGUGAAACACCCGAUAUCUCCGACUUUGAGGUGACCGAGAAAGCCUUCGGGCCCCAACGACAUAGACAAGUGAUGGGUAUGGGGUCAGGCGUCCGUCCAUCGCACUUUUACGGUGAUCGGUGA